AUGAGUUAGAUCCAUCAGGAUAAAAUUAGAAAAGCUGAAGAAUAAAUCAAAAGUAAUUAUCAAAUCUUCACAAUCUAUUUCAAUAACCAUUGUUCAAACAGGUACAAUAAUAGCCAUAAUAAAAAUAGAAUAACAAUAAUAAAAGUCAAAGAGAAAGAUGAUCAUAUUUAGAAAUGUGUUGACAUCAUUUGGGAACAACCUACACUUUCUGAUUGGCAAGAUGACAUUAUUACUUGUUUUAUGCAAAUAUUAGUUAUGAAGUAAGCAAUGAAAUAUUGACCAACUCAUUCAGAAAAUAUCAUUCCUUGCAAGAUAGCUGGUUAUUAGAGAUGAAAGUACUAUCAAAAAC